AGGGCCCUGCCCACAACCCCGCUGAGGCUCAGGCCCCGCCCAGGGUUGUCCGGCGCUCCACCUGCAGCGUCUGCAGCCGCUACUGUUGGGCCAGGCUGGCGGCCCUUGGCACCUCACGGAGCCAUGGCCGGGGGCCGCGGGACCUCCGGACGCGGCGGAGAGGAGUCCUCAGAGAGCUACCCGCAGCGGCAGGACCACGAGCUGCAGGCCCUGGAGGCUAUCUACGGCGCUGACUUCCAGGACCUGCGGCCGGACGCUUGCAAGCGGAUCAAAGAGCCUCCUGAAAUAAAUUUAGUUCUAUACCCCCAGGGCCUGGCUGGUGAAGAAGUGUAUGUGAAAGUGGAUCUGAGGGUGAAGUGCCCACCCAAUUAUCCAGAUGUAGUCCCGGAAAUAGAGUUAAAGAAUGCCAAAGGUCUUUCAAAUGAAAGUGUCAAUUUGUUAAAAUCUCGUCUAGAAGAAAUGGCCAAAAAACAUUGUGGAGAGGUUAUGAUAUUUGAACUGGCGUACCAUGUGCAGUCCUUUCUCAGUGAGCACAAUAAACCUCCACCCAAGUCCUUCCAUGAGGAGAUGCUGGCCAGGAGGGCGCUGGAGGAGGAACAGAGGCUGCUGGAGGCCAAGCAGAAAGAGGAACAAGAGCAACGCGAAAUCCUUUAUGAAAUUCAGAGAAGAAAAGAAGAAAUAAAAGAAGAGAAAAAACGGAAAGAAAUGGCUAAGCAGGAGCGUUUGGAAAUUGCUAAUUUGUCAAACCAAGAUCAUGCCUCUAGGAAAGAGCUAGGGCACAAAAUGACCACCAUUCUCCACGGAGGCUUCCCUGACUUUGUAGGAAAUGGAAAGCAUCGGACACACUCAUCAGGACGACCCAAACGAGAACGUCAGUAUUCUGUAUGUAGUGGUAAAGAUUCUCCUGGCUCAUGUGAAGUUCUCUAUUUCUCCCUGGGUGGUCCUGAGCAGCUCAUGGUGCACAAAGGGAAACACAUUGGCAAUGAUGAGCAGCUUGGAAAAUUAGUUUACUAUGCUUUGGAAACAGCCACUGGGAGCUUUGUCCUGUUAUAUGAAUGGGUCCUUCAGUGGCAGAAGAAGAUGGGUCCUUUCCUUACCAGCCAAGAGAAAGAGAAAAUUGACAAGUGCAAAAGACAGAUCCAAGGGGCAGAAACAGAAUUCAACUCACUGGUGAAGCUGAGCCACCCAAAUAUAGUCCGUUACUUUGCAAUGAACCUCAAAGAGCAAGAAGAUUCUAUCAUAGUGGACAUUCUGGUGGAGCAUGUGAACGGCAUCUCCCUGGCUGCACACCUGCAACAUUCCAGCCCCAUCCCUGUGCAUCAGCUCCGCAGUUACGCAGCUCAGCUCUUAGCAGGGCUGGACUAUCUGCACAGCAAUUCUGUGGUGCACAAGGUGCUGAAUGCAGCCAACGUCUUACUGGAUGCAGAGGGGACUGUGAGGAUCACUGACUACAGCAUCUCCAAGCGCCUGGCAGACAUCUGCAAGGAGGACGUGUUUGAGCAGACCCGAGUACGCUUCAGUGACAGUGCAAUCCCUUAUAAGACGGGGAAGAAGGGGGACGUGUGGCAGUUGGGCCUGCUGCUUCUGUCCCUCAGUCAAGGGCAGGAGUGUGCAGAAUACCCUGUGGUCAUCCCCCGUGACUUACCAGUUGACUUCCAGGAUUUUCUGAAAAAGUGUGUUUGCUUGGAUGACAAGGAACGAUGGAGUCCUCAGCAGUUGCUGAAACACAGCUUUAUAAAUCCUCAGCCCAAAACAACUUUACUGGAACAAAGUCCUGAAGAUUCUGGAGGACAGGAUUACAUGGAGACUGUGAUUCCUAGCAAUCAGCUACCGAGUGCAGCACUCUUCAGUGACACACAGAGACAGUUUUCCCGCUAUUUCAAUGAAUUUGAAGAACUGCAGCUCCUUGGCAAAGGUGCCUUUGGAGCUGUCAUCAAGGUGCAGAACAAGCUAGACGGCUGCUGCUACGCAGUCAAGCGCAUCCCCAUCAACCCCGCCAGCCGCCACUUCCGCCGCAUCAAGGGCGAGGUGACGCUGCUGUCGCGCCUGCACCAUGAGAACAUCGUGCGCUACUACAACGCCUGGAUUGAGAGGCACGAGCGGCCGCUGGGCCCCUGCACUCCGCCCUGCGACACUGGGCCCCUGGCUCAGGACGGGCGCGCCCCGCGACAGCCAGCGGACAGUAGUGCGGAGGACAGCGUGGAGGCAGCCGCGCCGCCCAUCGUCAGCGGCUCGGUAGAGUGGAGCACAUCGGCUGAGCGCUCUGCCAGCGGCCGCUUCCCCGCCACCGCCUGCGGCGACAGUGACAGUGAGGAGGACGAGGACGAGGGCGGUGGAGUCUUCUCACAGUCCUUCCUACCUGCUUCAGAUUCUGAAAGUGACAUCAUUUUUGAUAAUGAAGAUGAGAACAGCAAAAGCCAGAACCAGGAUGGAGACUGCAAUGGCAAGAACACUGACCAAGAAAGUGACCCAGUGGCAACACCUGAAGCUGUACACUACCUUUAUAUCCAGAUGGAGUACUGUGAGAAGAGCACUUUACGUGACACCAUUGACCAGGGACUGUAUCAGGACACCAUCAGGCUGUGGAGACUUUUUCGAGAAAUUCUGGAUGGAUUAGCUUAUAUCCAUGAAAAAGGAAUGAUUCACCGUGACUUGAAGCCUGUCAACAUUUUUUUAGAUUCUGAUGACCAUGUGAAAAUUGGUGAUUUUGGUUUGGCGACAGACCAUCCAGCCUUUGCUGCUGAUGGGAAGCAAGAUGAUACAGCUGAUCACCUGAUUAAAUCAGACCCUUCAGGUCACCUGACAGGAAUGGUUGGCACUGCUUUGUAUGUAAGCCCAGAGGUCCAGGGAAGCACCAGAUCUUCAUACAAUCAGAAAGUGGACCUUUUCAGCUUGGGAAUCAUCUUCUUUGAGAUGUCUUAUCACCCCAUGGUUACCGCCUCAGAAAGGAUCUUUGUUCUCAACGAGCUCAGAGAUCCAACUUUGCCGAAGUUUCCAGAAGACUUCGGUGACGGAGAACAUACAAAGCAGAGGUCUGUCAUCUCCUGGCUGUUGAACCAUGACCCAGCCAAGCGGCCCACAGCCACAGAACUGUUGAGGAGUGAGCUUCUGCCCCCACCUCAGAUGGAGGAGUCAGAGCUCCAUGAGGUGCUGCACCACACGCUGGCCAACGUGGAUGGGAAGGCCUACCGCACCAUGAUGGCCCAGCUCUUCUCCCAACGCAUCUCCCCAGCCAUCGACUAUACCUAUGACAGUGACAUAUUGAAGGGCAACUUCUCUAUUCGUACAGCCAAGGUCCAGCAACAUGUCUGUGAAACCAUCAUCCGCAUCUUUAAAAGACAUGGAGCUGUCCAGUUGUGCACCCCACUGCUGCUCCCCCGAAACAGGCAGAUCUAUGAGCACAAUGAAGCCGCCUUGUUCAUGGACCACAGUGGGAUGCUGGUGAUGCUUCCUUUCGACCUGCGGAUUCCUUUUGCAAGAUAUGUGGCAAGAAAUAACAUCCUGAAUUUAAAACGAUACUGCAUAGAACGUGUGUUUAGACCUCGGAAGCUGGACCGAUUUCAUCCCAAGGAGCUUCUAGAAUGUGCAUUCGAUAUUGUCACCUCUACUACCAAUAUCUCCCUGCCCACAGCAGAGACCAUCUACACCAUCUAUGAAAUCAUCCAAGAGUUCCCAGCUCUCCAGGAAAAAAAUUACAGUAUCUAUUUGAACCAUACUAUGCUACUGAAAGCAAUUCUCUUGCACUGCGGGAUCCCAGAAGAUAAACUCAGCCAAGUGUAUGUUAUUCUGUACGAUGCUGUGACCGAGAAGUUGACCAGGAGAGAAGUAGAAGCCAAAUUUUGCAACCUGUCUCUGUCUUCCAAUAGUCUCUGUCGACUCUACAAGUUCAUUGAGCUGAAGGGAGAUCUGCAAGAUCUAACACCCACAAUUAAUUUGUUGAUAAAGCAGAAGACAGGUGUAUCCCAGCUGGCAAAAUAUGGCUUAAAAGAUCUCGAGGAGGUUGCUGGACUGUUGAGGAAACUUGGCAUAAAGUUACAGGUCUUGGUCAACUUGGGCUUGGUUUACAAAGUACACCAGCACAAUGGAAUCAUCUUCCAGUUCGUGGCGUUCACCAGACGAAGGCAGAGAGUUGUGUCUGAAAUCCUUGCUGCUGGUGGCAGAUACGACCUGCUGAUCCCUCACUUUAGAGGACCACAGGCUUUGGGGCCAGUUCCUGCUGCCAUUGGGGUCAGCAUAGCCAUAGACAAGAUAUCAGCUGCUAUACUCAACAUGGAAGAAUCUGUUACAAUAAGCUCUUGUGAUAUCCUGGUUGUGUGUGUGGGCCAGAUGUCCAUGUCCAGAGCCAUCAACCUAACCCAGAAGUUGUGGGCUGUGGGAAUCACAGCAGAAAUCAUGUAUGACUGGUCACAGUCCCAAGAAGAACUGCAGGAGUACUGCAGACAUCAUGAGAUCACCUGUGUGGCCCUUGUCUCAGAUAAAGAAGGAAACCAUGUCAAGGUUAAGUCUUUUGAGAAAGAAAGGCAAACAGAGAAGCGUGUGCCGGAGUCAGACCUUGUGGACCAUGUUGUGCAGAAACUGAGGACUAAAAUCAGCGAUGAAAGGACUGUCAGAGAAGCUUCCGAUAAUCUCGCAGUGCAGAAUCUGAAGGGGUCGUUUUCUAAUGCUUCAGGUUUGUUUGAGAUCCAUGGAGCAACAGUGGUUCCCAUUGUAAGCGUGAUAGCCCCAGAAAAGCUGUCAGCCAGUACUAGGAGGCGGUACGAAACCCAGGUGCAAACCCGACUUCAGGCCUCCCUUGCCAACUUACAUCAGAAAAGCAGUGAAAUUGAAAUUUUGGCUGUGGAUCUAUCCAAAGAGACAAUCUUACAAUUCUUAUCAUUAGAGUGGAAUGCUGAUGAACAGGCAUUUAACACAAGUGUGAAGCAGCUGCUGUCAGGCCUGCCAAAGCAGAGAUACCUAAAAUUAAUCUGUGAUGAAAUCUACAGCAUCAAGGUGGAAAAGAAAUCACUGCUCAGCUUUGGCUUAUGGUUAUGCCAGGAAUUGAACCUGGGACAUGGGAGCCUCAGGUGGGGGCCUGAAUUUGAACCCAGUCCUUGUGCAUGGUGAUGUGUGUAUUCUACCAGGUAAGUCACCACCAGACCCUUGGGUCCUGUUUUUAGAGAUGUCAUUAGAAGUCUCAUGUGAAGACUCAGGUGGGCUUUGUGUGGCCUCAAUGCUCUCAUUUGAACUUUCAUCACAUCAGUGAACUGCAUCAGGGAUCAAGGUAACAGGAAUGACACAUUAGUCUGGUGUGAGUUUGUGCAAAACAAGCUGGAGAGCAGGUGUGGGCCCUGUCCCCAGAGCAUCACUCUAGCUCAUGAGCUGCCAGGAAUCAAACUCAGAACCUUAUGCUUGAGAGUCUAGCACUCUAUUUACUGAACCACCCUGUGAAAUGGUUAAUCCCUGUUUGCCUUCCCCCUUCCCCCAGCCCUCUCCCCUCCCCACCCCACUGGUCCUUGCACCUGCUUCUGUGGUGUGUGGUUUCCCCAGCUGCAGCUGGCUUUGAGAUAC